CCUCUCCCGUCUCCUCCCUCUCUCCAGGUCUGAUGUACAUGCUGUUGAAGCACCUGGCAGAUCGCUACAACAUGUACUAUGCCUACCUUCCCUCCAAGCUGGACAAGAAGAUCCACUCUGGGGCCGUCAACCAGGUGGUGGCAGCACCCAUCCUCUGUCUCUUCUGGCUCCUGUUCUUCUCCACUCUCCGCACAGGUUUCUCCGCCCCUACCUCUAUGUUUACCUUCAUCGUUCUGAUCAUCACCAUCAUCGUCUGCCUGUCCCAUGUCUGCUUCGGACACUUCAAAUAUCUCAGCGCUCACAACUACAAGAUGCGACUAAGCGGAGAAGAUGUGGGUAUAAGGCCGAACCGGUUCCCGUCAGCCGCACGAAAACCGCUCUCGUCCCUUUUAUAG